GUGGCAGGAGGCCGCUGCCGAGUGGCCGCCCUCGAUCCAGGCGAUGGAGGAGGAAGCAAGCGAGGGGGCCGGUUCCUGAGCUUCGUAAUUCCUGUGUCGCCUUCUGGGCUCCCAGCCUGCCGGGUCGCAUGAUCCUUCCAGCCGGAGCUCCUUUUUUUUUUUGCCAGCCGCCGUGAGGCCGGCUGACUUGCCGGCAUCCCGGCUGCCACCUCUUCUCCCGACCUAUGUUACAAAAGAUCUUCCGGGGGUUGCACCUGCCUGCGGCUGCCUGAGACGGAUUUGAAUCUCUUUCUCUCCCAUCAGAACCCUAUCUUGGCUUCGGAUCUCAGAAGAGAAGCACUAAGCAGAGACCAGACUCAGUGAGUGAGCAGGUGUUUUGGACAAUGGACUGGUGGAGCCCAUCCCUAUUAUAAAGAUGUCUCAGAGCAACCGGGAGCUGGUGGUUGACUUUCUCUCCUACAAGCUUUCCCAGAAAGGAUACAGCUGGAGUCAGUUUAGUGAUGCAGAAGAGAACAGAACUGAGGCCCCAGAAGGGACUGAAUCAGAGAUGGAGACCCCCAGUGCCAUCAAUGGCAACCCAUCCUGGCACUUGGCGGACAGCCCUGCGGUGAAUGGAGCCACUGGCCACAGCAGCAGCUUGGAUGCCCGGGAGGUGAUCCCCAUGGCAGCGGUAAAGCAAGCGCUGAGGGAGGCUGGGGAUGAGUUUGAACUGAGGUACCGGCGGGCAUUCAGCGACCUGACAUCUCAGCUUCACAUCACCCCAGGGACAGCGUAUCAGAGCUUUGAGCAGGUGGUGAACGAACUCUUCCGGGAUGGGGUGAACUGGGGUCGCAUUGUGGCCUUUUUCUCCUUCGGUGGGGCUCUGUGUGUGGAGAGCGUAGACAAGGAGAUGCAGGCAUUGGUGAGUCGGAUCGCAACUUGGAUGGCCACUUACCUGAACGACCACCUAGAGCCUUGGAUCCAGGAGAACGGCGGCUGGGACACUUUCGUGGAACUCUACGGGAACAAUGCAGCAGCCGAGAGCCGGAAGGGCCAGGAGCGCUUCAACCGCUGGUUCCUGACAGGCAUGACUGUGGCUGGCGUGGUUCUGCUGGGCUCACUCUUCAGUCGGAAAUGACCAGACACUGACCACCCACUUACCCUCCCACCCUUGUCCUGCCCCCACCACAUCCCUUUGUCCAGCCACCAUUGCCACCAGGAGAACCACUACAUGCCAUCUAUGGCCACCUACCCAUAACAGGGUUGGGCCUAGACCUGGUCCCCUGCAGUUAGUUUUCUAGAAUCUACCAUGCUUCUGUGAGAGCUGCCUUCCCUACACGUCAGUUCUCCUGGCCUCAGAACCCACAAGGUUUCCCCAAAAUCUGCCCCAUGGAAGCUGGCAGGUGUGGGGGUGUUUGUAGCUAGGAGCUGGAGGGCCCUGCCUGAUUGGUGGAAGCCCCCGACCCCUUUGCCUCCCCAAGAAUGCUUUCCUGCCAGGGAGCUGGUGAGUUUUCUGACCUUUUUCGCCAGAAGGAGAGAUUAGAUUGCCUUUGUUUUGAUGUUUGUGGCCUCAGAAUUGAUCAUUCCCUUCCCCUCCCAGGACCUAGGCACCCCUCCCUUCCAUCCCCACUUUCCCAGGAGCCACUUAGGGGCCACUUCUGACUAAUUAGGGAUUCAAGCUGCUUGGAAUAAAGAAAUAAGGACCAGGACCCCCUUCCCACCUCUGGCCUGGCCAGAGUCCCUGACCCCAACCCCCAUGUCCUCCAGAAGCCUCUGGCUAGAGGCCAGCCCCACCCGGGAAGGAGGAGGCUGUAGCUGCAGGAAGCGCCCCAUGCCAAAGCUGGGGUGGCCCUUGCAGUUUAGCACCACCCCAGUUCCUUUCCCUUUCCCCUCCCUUGGCUCCCAUGACCAUGACUGAGGGACCAACUGGGCCCAAGGCAGGUGCCCCAGAGCUGUUGAUGGCCUCAGCUGCCUCACUUCCUGCAAGAAGAUCAGCCUGUGGCAUCUUUGCCUUGGGCUGCCGCCCGUGGAGUCUAGGGAUUUGGGGGGCCUUGGCCCAGAGGUGAAGGGGAGCUACAGGGAGCAGCUGCGGAAGCCCUAGAGUCUUCCCUACCUCAGGCAGGAAGGGCAGGAGGGAGACCCUGAUGCACAGGAUGAAGGUGAGGGUGGCAGGAGGGGCCAGUCUUACCUGGCCGGAUGUAUGCUCCACCCCCACUCAGCCUGGGCCACAGGGCUGCCAAGGUCGGAGUGGCCUGGCCCAGUGUCCUUCAGACCUCCCUCUCCUCUACUCCACCCAUGGCCGCCUGUCUCAUCCCUGGGGGUCCCGGCCUACCCCUGACCAUCCCGGGCUCUCUGCUGUACAUAUUCGAGACUAGUUUUUAUUCCUUGUGAAGAUGAUAUACUAUUUUUGUUAAGCGUGUCUGUAUUUAUGUGUGAGGAGCUGCUGGCUUGCUGUGCGUGUGCACGUGGAGAGCUGGUGCCCGGAGACUGAACGGCCUGAUGCUCCCUCCCCUGCCCUGGUCUGGGGAAGCCAGCUGGGGGUCCUGGCUCCUGAGGGGCACCUGUCCCCCCCCCCCAGCCCCCACCCCACACUUGUUCCAGCUCUUUGAAAUAGUCUGUGUGAAGGUGAAAGUGCAGUUCGGUAAUAAACUGUGUUGACUCAGUGAGCAAA